GAAUGGCCCAUAAGUGGUGGUAAUUGGGGCCUUGGCACACAGAGCUACCCUGAGAUCAUCAUCACUGGGCAUGCUGAUGGGACUGUGAAGUUUUGGGAUGCUUCUGCAAUAAUGCUCCAGGUACUAUACAAGCUGAAGACGGCCAAGGUGUUUGAGAAGAGCAGGAAUAAUAAGGAGGAAAAGCAGAACACAGAGAUUGUGGAUGAGGACCCGUUUGCCAUCCAGAUCAUGGCCUGGUGUCCUGAGAGCAGGAUGCUGUGUGUGGCCGGGGUGUCUGCCAACCUCAUCAUAUACCGCUUCAGCAAGCAGGAGAUCACCACCGAGGUCGUACAGCUGUUGGAGGUGCGUUUGCAGUACGAGGUGAAUGACAUGGAGUCCCCUCCAGAGGGGGGAGGAGGGGGUGACCGUGACCUGCCCACCCCCGGAGCAGCCUCACCCAGCCCCCAGACCACCGGACCCCCGACACACCCCUCCACCAGCAGCAACUCCUCUGACGGGGUCCGAGACAACGUACCCUGCCUUAAGGUGCGUAGUACGCCUCUAAAGCAGUCUCCAGGGUACCAGGUAGAUUUAGUGGUGCAGCUGGUGUGGGUGAGUGGAGAGCCCCCCCAACAGAUCACAAGCCUGGCCCUCAACUCCUCCUACGGCCUGAUUGUGUUUGGGAACAGUAAUGGUCUGGCGGUGGUGGACUACCUCCAGAAGACAGUGCUGUUGAACCUGGGGACAGUGGAGUUGUAUGGUUCUAACGAUCCCUACCAGAGACAGCCUCGCUCUCCACGCAAGACACGCCAGCCUUCCGGAGGCCUGUGUGAUAUCAACGAGGGCUCUGCCUCGGAAGAACGCUGCAAGUCCCCCACUUCAGACCACCGGGACAGCUCUUUCAGCCGUUCACGCUCCUCCUCCGUCACCUCCAUCGACAAGGAGGCGCGCGAGGCCAUCACCUCCUUCCACUUCUGUGAGACAUUCGCUCGGAAGGGGGACAGCACCAUCACACCCUGCCUGUACGUGGGCACUUCCCUGGGCACAGUGCUGGCUGUGGCCCUCAACUUGCCUCCUGCUGGGGAACAGAGGCUACUGCAGCCUGUCAUCGUCUUGCCUAGCGGUACCCUGGGGCGUCUGAAGGGCAGUAUCCUGAGGAUGGCCUUCCUGGACAACACGGGCACCUUCCUUCCCCCUGCCUUCGAGCUGUGGUACGAGCCCAACGCCGUGGGCGCCGACAGUGAGGAGCGAGACAAAGCCCGUAAACGCCGCCCGGUCUCUGUGUCGCCCUCCACCUCACAGGAGCUGCAGGAGAGCCAGUAUGCGGUGGUGUGCUCUGAGAAACAGGCUAAGGUCAUAGCACUGCCCUCCCAGAACUGCAUAUUCAAACACAGCAUCACAGAGACAUCGUUCGUCCUGAGGGCUGACGUGGUCCAGAUGAACAUAGGGAACUGUGUGGCCUGUUUCUGUGCUAACGGACACAUCAUGACCCUCAGUCUGCCGGGGCUGAGACCAUUGCUUGAUGUAAACUACCUGCCGCUGACAGACAUGCGGAUAGCCCGGACCUUCUGCUUCACCAACCUGGGCCAGGCCAUGUACCUCACCUCCCCCACUGAGAUACAGAGGAUCACAUACAGCCAGGAGACCUGCGAGAACCUGCAGGAGAUGCUAGGAGAACUAUUCACACCAGUGGAGACCCCAGAGGCUCCCAACCGAGGAUUCUUCAAGGGGCUUUUUGGGGGAGGAGCAACUUCCCUGGACAGAGAGGAGCUAUUUGGUGAGAUGCAGGCGGGUAAAGCAUCCCGUGGCCUUGCCCAGCACAUCCCGGGUCCUCAGGGCCUGGAAGGCAUGAAGGGGGCAGCCUCGGGCGUGGUGGCGGACCUGGCACGUGCCCGGAUAGCGCUGGACGAGAGAGGGCAGAAACUGGGCGAGCUGGAUGAGAGGACGGCCGCCAUGCUGGCCAGCGCGGACUCCUUUGGCAAACACGCCCACGAUAUGAUGCUGAAGUGCAAAGACAAGAAGUGGUACCAGUUCUGAUCUGAAAGAGGGGAGCAGAGCCAAAGGGACACUGCUUCAUCCGGACUCUACAUGCCCCCCUCCUCCAUCUCUCCGUCCAUACAUCCUUCCAUCUCUCCUUCCUUCGCUGGACACGUGGGAUACUCUUCCCUAGCACAAUGUUGUAUACUUUAUUUACCUCAGUCAUAAGGUUUCAUAUGAGGAACGGACUAGAGAGAAUGACAAACUGGAAAAAAAGGUGUCCUUUUUAUUGUUAUCUUUUGUUUGUUUGUUUUCCCCUCUGUGGCCUGCCAGUUGGUUGGAGCUCUGGGGUUCCCUCAUCCUCAUUCGCCAAAAUAUUCUGUGCCGUCAUCUCUGCUCCAACCAAUCCGGGGCCAGUAUACUAAAGACAAAAACAGACACAACUGAGAAAAAAAUGAACAACGAAGAAAAAACAACUACAAAAAAAAUCUCAAAAAAGAAAAAGAUCAAAAAAAUAAUAUAUAUAUAUAUAUAUAUACAUAAUUAUAUAUACAUAAAUCUAUAUAAAUGAUCAACGCUGUAUUCACUUCCGACUGUCAAGUGCAAAACAACAAGAGGAAAACUUCACAGGUGGAGCGAAACUGGUGGUGGGCAUAAGAAGCUCUACUCAAAGUCACAGGAUGUGUUGUCAUAGUGACAGCCGGCUCUAUGCAGAGAGUUGCAGGAUUAAAAAAGCAAGUCAUUCCAAUGUACACUGGAUCCUCUGUCCUUGAUCCAACUAGACUCUCCUCAUCAUAUGGAUUCACUGUUUUCAUAUUGUUCCCAACUGUAUUAUACAUGUAUUCAUUUCCUUCCUCUUGUGUAUCGUUUUAUUUUAAGCUCAGUCUGUUUUACUUGAAAUCUGUUUUUAUUUGUUCUUAGUUGUCGUGAACGUUGUGAAUUAUGAUAUAUUUUGAUUUGGUAAUGUUGCCAGUAUGUUUUGUGGCUUUGUUUAACUCCCAUUAAUUGAUCCUUAUAAAAAGGGCUGGAUUCAAAAAGAGGGCAUGGAUACAAAAAAAAUACAUAGAUUUAUCAUGCAGAUCAGUACACGUCACCAUAAAUAAUGUGUCAUACCAGGUAUCACACACAUCAGAAAUCUAAAAGCAAGAUCAGAACUCUAGAAGCAAGACUGUCAGUGUCUCCUCUCCCUGAAGUGUUUAAUUUGACAUGUAAAUGCUACCUUCCCCCCCUGACCUCAUCAUGCCAUUAACAUCUACUACAGUUUGGCUUUAAUAAUGACUCUGUGUGAAUUAUGUCAGUGUUACAGUAGGCCUAUACACUGCUAGUGUAUCCACACCUAUUGGAUUGGUUUUCAGGAGUAAUAUUGUAUGGACAUGAACUCCUCGAGUGCACAUACACUUGGAGAUUACUACAGUAUAUACACAUGGGAAAACCUAUUUGUGUGUGUUGAUAUAUGCAGGAAUAUAUAUAUAUAUGUACAUUCAGGCAAAGUCAUGCAUUUGUGAAGACAAACAUUUUUUAUUUUUUUUCCGUAAAAUAACUUUGUCAGUGUGAGUGGUCUAUUAAUUCACAUUUUAUAUAUUGAAGUGUAAGAGACGCUGCUAUAUGUGUAGUGUGUCGGAACUGUCCUCUGUUUCUGUCCCCAUUUCAGUGGUGAAAACACUCAUACGUAUCUACUUUAAUGUUCUGCCAGGCUUCUCUACCAUUCUUUUGUAAAUAGGUAAAUAGUUUGACAAUCUAAGACCAAUUGAAAAGUGGUUGACAUUGCUCAAGCAAGCGACACAAGGACAGCUGCCAUAUUUUUUCUAACGCCAAAGAAUUAUUUGAGCUUUCGUUUCAUUGUUCUAUUACUCAACUCUAUUACUCAAUUACUCAACUUACUCAACAUACCAAGUGGUUCACUAAUUGAAAUACAAUAGGUCUAGGUCUGUCUAUACAGGGCUUCUGGGAACUGUGCAUUCUGACUCGGUCACUGAGUUAGGUUCCAGUUCUUUCUUCUCGAAGACCUUUUCGACUCAUCCUGACAGGAGAUGGCUGGUUAGGUUGGAGUAAGAUUACAGCAACUCAACCGUGAGGCCACUAGUGAGGGUAGCAAGUUUUCAGAAUCGAACACAACUAUUGUAUUCACAACAUUGUGCCCUUCAUAAAAGUUUUACUUACUUCUAAACAACAUUUGACCCGCACAGUAUCUUUCAAGGUCGACGUUGCCACAAGCAGCACCGCAGAUAUUGAGAUGAGCGAGAUGCAAGAUUUUGCUCUCACACAAUCACACAGUAUAGGUGCAUGUGUGUUGGGUAGCCAGGGUGCCAAAAUAGCGAAGAAGUUGAGCAUCGUGCUUCAACGCUCUUAGUUGUUGCAGAAAUUGACCCACCAUGCCAUUUACUUUUUGCAACUACGUCAUAUUGCUGAGUCUACCUUUAAUGUUCAACUUUGCUGUCUUUUCAUUUACUAUUUUCAGUUGUACAUUGUUCUUUAACAUUUUUUGGUUUGUUGUAUGAUCAACAAUGUCUUUCUUGUCUGAAAUACUUGAUUUCCAUGACCAAGCUUUCUGUAUCCAAUCAAUUGUGGGAAAUCGCCAAGAAAAAAAGAAACAAGUCAGUACCACGUUAGAGGAUGUCAACAUCAGCAGGAUGAUGCAACCUCUGUGUAAUGUGGCUCCAUCAUAGACCGGCCUCGCAUGUUCAGUGUCCGAGUCUGCACACAUCAUGCUUCAACUCUCCCUCGCUUGUCUUCUAAUGCAUUCUCCUUCUACUCCAGUAGCAGUUCCAAGUGGCUCAUGUUGGUGAUGCUAACUAACAGGUUUGGUCUCCUUCUCUGUGUUCUAGUAUGCAUUGUUGUGUGGAUGUCAGUAGGUAGCCCUGCUUCAAUCUUCCAAGGUGGAAAGAAUACUUCAGGAAAAAAACAACUAGUCUAUGAUUGAGGUCCUUCCCUUCCCUUCUAGCUCUCUUUUGUUUUUCUAUUCAAUUUUUUUAAUGUGUUUUUUCUUGUCUUUGAGUGAGUUGUUUCUUGCCUAUACUCAGUAUGCGGUAUUCUUCUUACCUGGUAUGAUUCAUACUACUUUACAAGAGGGAGUCUGUCUGCCAUAAUGCCAUUUCUGUCCUGGAUUUAACAGUUAUCAGUGGGUUGCAGUAUUUUCUCAUUGUAGCCAAUUUUCUUGUACAGUUUUAUGCAAAUUUCACAUGGAUGUUUAUGACUUUCUCUGCUGCCACAAACAAUUUAGAAAUUAUGUAGAUAGAAAUUACUGUGCAACGGAAAAUAAAAGUGGAAAAAAUGUA